CAGCCGCCGCGUCGCGGUUACUAAGGAGUGGAGAAGGUAGUGGCAGGCGCCACGGUGGAGCGGCUCCGAGUUCCCCGGGAGGCUCGCAGGCGCGCAACCCGCCAGACCGGGCCGUCGCCCCCGCGGACGUCUCGGAGGCGGAAGCGACGCCGGAGGCAGGUGAAGAACCAAAAAAAAAAGGAAGUCAAGAGGUCUUCCCCAAGAUCAAAGAUCAAGGACAUGGCCUCCUCAGGAGUCUACAAACUGGAUGAUGGGAAGCCUUAUCUGAGCAACUGCUUUCCGGCCAAAAAUCUGCUUCGGAUGCCAGAGGAAGGCCGAGGACACUGGUUAGUGGCUCGGAAAUGUAGCCUCAAGAAGAAGCCCAGGGGUGUGGUUGAAGCACGAGCUGAAGGUCAGGAAAGCCAGAAGGUUUCUUCUGAGGUUGGAGGAAAGAAAGGGUCUCGACAGGAAAACCAAGUGGACACUCCGGGACACGUGCUGGACCAGGCUUUUCUGCUGAAGCACCACUGUGUAAAGAAUCCGUCCGACCUAUGCACCAUUAACGUGAGCGGCCUGAAGUUCUCCAAGGCUAAGGAAAAGGACUUCAAGCAUUUUAAUUCUGUGAUUUACAUCAAUGCCUCAGAAAACCUACUGCCUCUAGAGGCAUUUCACACAUUUCCAGUCUUAAAGGAACUGGAGCUCGCAUUUAAUGGCAUCAAAACAGUCUACGUGAAGGAUGGAGACUUUAAGUCCUUGGAAUUCCUGGACCUUUCCUUCAACAGCCUCACUGCAGAGGCCAUCUGUGAUCUGGGGCUUCUGCCACACCUCCGUGUCCUGCUCCUCACAGGCAAUGGGCUCACCUCCCUGCCACCCAAUUUGGCUGUCGCAGAGCGGGAGGCAUAUGUAACAUCGCUGACCAGCAGGAGGUACAUCCUGAGGUUCCCGGCGCUAGAGACACUGAUGCUGGAUGACAACAAACUCUCCAACCCCAAUUGCUUUGCCAGCCUGGCCGGGCUCAGGAGACUGAAGAAGUUAAGCCUGGACCAAAACAAGAUUUUCCGGAUCCCGUACCUACAGCAGGUUCAGCUCCGAGAUGGGUCUGGAGACUGGGUUGGAGGCAGGGGGAGUCCCAGGAAAGAGCCCCAAUCUAUGCUGCAGCCCAAGUCGUGGAUAUUUGAGGCCUCGGAUGACCAACUGGAUUAUACUGUACUGCCCAUGAAAAAGGAUGUUGACCGGACAGAGGUUGUGUUCUCAUCUUAUCCUGGAUUUUCAACCUCAGAGACAACCAAGGUAUGUGCGCUUCCUCCCAUAUUCGAGAUUCUUCCCGUGAAGUCACUGAAAGCGAGGAACCAGACGCUGGCCAUGCCCUUCCCAGAGCUGAGGUACCUUAGCCUGGCCUACAACAAGAUUGCAAAGGAAGAUGCCAUUCUGCCGGUAGCUCUCUUCCCAUCUCUCUGCAAGCUCAUCUUUCAUAACAACCCUCUGGUGGCCCAUACACGAGGGGUCCCUCCACUGCUAAAAAGCUUCCUCCAGGAGCAGCUGGGAAUCCACUUAAUUCGAAGGAAGAUGGUAAAGGCUAAGCGUCACAUUUUGAUGCCUCGGAAGGACUCUCGGAAGGUGAAAACCCAAGUCCCAAAGGUGCCAAAGCAGCCUCUGAUUCUCCAUCACCCACCCAUGACCACCAUGACCACAAUCAAGUCUUCCUCAAAGGAGAUGCUGGAAGCAGAGGCAGAGUUGACUAAAGAGCUGCCCACCACCAAGACCAUUUCUGUGGAGCGAAAGAUGCCCAUCGAGGGCCCGGAGGGCCUUCUCCUCUCCCACCGGGCCUUCGUGCCACUGCCUCCCAUCUGCUCCGACUCCACUGUGCAUAGUGAGGGCACAUCCCGCCGGAGCAACGCUGCUGGCCGCCUCAGCCCAGACCACCCGUCAGAUGAGGACACCAAGAGCACAGAGUCCAUCUUCUUGACCCAGGUCAGUGGGCUGUCUUCCUCCAUCUUCCAGAGGGAUGAUACAGAGAUAAAGGAGAAAGACCAAAGACUACCACCCACAGCACCCAGAGAGGUGAAGAGGACUCAGAAGAAGCUCCCAUCUGCCUCCUUCCCCAGAAAGUACCAUGGCUCCGAGGAGCUGCUGACAACCAAGCCUGAUCCAGCCUUCACUGAGCCGAAAGGAAUCCAGAAGAAUGCACAGGCCUUGCAGCACAUGCUGAAACAUCCGCUCGUGUACCGCUCCUGCAAGGCCAGGCUGGACACUCUUCAGAAACACUAUAUUCCCAAGGAGAAACGGACCCAGAGGAUCCCUAUUCCACCCCCCCGGAAGACUCAAGCCCAGCCGCUGGAUGACAUCCUCAUUCGCAUGCGGGACCCCCGGAACAUUACUGAGGCACCACUAGGAGCUGUCCUGUGCCAGCGGACAGAGCAGCAGCUGGGGAACCAGAAGCAGUACCUGCAGGCCAAAAGGCUGCUGAAGGAGCUUCGUGCGCGGUACCGGCGGCUGGUGCGCUGCUCACUGCGGUCGGUGUUCGGGGCCACGGCACCACCCCAGGUCCGCCUGGCAUUGAGCGAGGGCCAGCCUAAGAAGUUCGGCCACUUCCUCGAGUUCAUGGAUCAGUUCUGCCAGGAGCCCACGGCCAGUGACUCGAAAGGCUAGGGCUGCGCACAGGGCCAUGUGCGCCGCCCCACCUGCGCCCCACACCCUCCGCAAGGGCUCCGUGCCCUUGACUGCUCCCUGGGAUGGGUGCGGGCCUCCGAGCUCUGCUCAGCCUCACUCGCCGGCCGCUGUGAGUGGGGAGCUCGUCAGGACCGCCCCGCCCUGGGCCGGGCAGGAAGCGGCACCUGGCCCAACAGCAAUAAAAAGUGGGUGCAUAGAGCAAGCUCACAAACCCUCCCCAUCGUUUUCCUUCGUCUUUUUCUCCAAAGAAUUCACGUCAACAACUCCAUUUGUGACCAACUUCACAAUGAAGCAACAGGAGAGGGAAAUUUUCCAGAAAGAAGUGUUCAGGUUUUAGUUGUUAAGUAUGGGAAGCAUCUUAAAAUACAGAUAAUACCUUAGUGGUUUUACCCUCCUCCAAAGCCAAGAAGAUUAAAGAUUAAGCCUCCUCCCUCCUUAACCUAAACUGCUUUGUCUAUAUUUGAAGGACUGCUGCUCAGCUGGAAGUUUGGAAACUACAACUGUCAGUACCAUUCGAGGUUCCACAGUAGGUGGUCAGUAAGCUGGAUCCAGCUGUUGGAAUAUUUGCCUAACAAGAAAUUUUCACUCUGCACCUGAUGCUAAAACUUGUUGCUACUGCUAAGCAAUUUCUUAAAAUGAAAGUAUUAUUUUGGGGAAAUAUUUAAAAUAUAUAUCUUUUCUAUUAAAAAUAUUU